UUCACGCAAUUAUCAGUGCUCCGGAAAGAUUUUUUAGACGUUACCGUUAUUUCUUAUAUUUAUACAAUAGAUCGGUUUUAAAUUUAUAUUCGAACGCAUUUAUUUGUUGUAUUUUUUUCAUACAAAGGCAUACGAUGUUGGUGUGAUUAUUGUUUGAAUAAAAAGAUUGUUGUACUAAAAAAAAUUAUUAAAGUUUUGGAGUGUCGUGCACAGUUAUCUCUUCCACUUAUUGUGGACCCAACCCGCCGACUGGUGAUAUUACUCAUUUGUUUGCUUGCUUUGUACACUUGCCAACAUAAUUUUGGAAAUGUUGAUCUGCUGUAUGGAAGGGUGCGAAUUCAAUAAUUCGAUUUCCAAUGAUGAGCAUGUUAGGUGCUGGUUGUGUGACGAAUAUGCUCACGCGAAGUGCGCGGGCAUAACUGAUAGUGUAGUGGAAAUGAUUGAAGGAAGAACUGGACUCAAAUGGACCUGUGAAACCUGCAGAGUUGUCAAAUCUCAGAUGGGAAGAUUUAUGAAGCAAACGCGUACGGAAAUAACUGAACUCUUUAGGGAAGUUCGAGCCGUCUAUGAAAAGUUGGCGAAGCUAGAAUCGCAUAUUACGUCUCUAGAUCCUCAAAAACCGAUUUACCCUGUGGACAGUGAUUCAAGUUCUAAUCCAUUACACACUUUUGAAGAUACUAAUGAUGACAAAGAAGUUGAAGAUGCAGAGUCAUCUAUUGUUCAACACAAUUCUACGAAUAUGCAAAAAGCGAAAAUAUGGCAUCAUAAUGCGGCUCCCGUGGUACUACCUCUACAUACCAAUCCGGUUAUUCUUAAAGCUGUACCUCCAAUGAAAGCUGUGUUCGUAUCCAGACUCGUAACCUCAACUACUGAAGAUGCCCUCAAACACUACAUAGUGGCCAAACUCUCUUAUCCCAAUCCCGAUGACAUCAUCGUCAGAAAAAUAUAUAAUAAGCAAAGACGAAAAAUUGCAUCGUUUAAAGUGAUGGCACCGGAUCCUAUAUAUUAUACGAUUUUAAAUCCUGGAUUUUGGCCUAAACAUAUCAUUGUGCACGAGUUUGUCAACAAAAGCCUUCUUCAAACCAAUGUAGAAUUUAUAAAAUAUUGUUAAUAUUUCCAUAUGAAAUUUCAGUGAAAUAUUAAGAAAGUAACACAUUUCUAGAAUAGGAACUGUGCAAGCAUUAUCAGUAAUUAUUAAUAUAACACUGUUCUAAUCACAUUUAAUCACUCAUUUUUUUGCCAAUAUUUAGGGUAUCAAUUGCUCUGUAGAUACAGAAACACUUAUACAAUUUGAUAUCACUCGAGUAUAAGAAUUCGGUUCACAGAAGUUUCACUUUUAUGGUUUCACAAUAAAAUAGCUAUAAACG